AUGUCACUUUCCACCAUUGAAAGUCUACCAAACGAGAUUAUAGAAGCUAUCUUCCUAGAGGCUUUAGAGAUCAACCUAGCCCGUGCCUCUAAUGUGAUUGCCGCUGCAAUCUCCCGGGAGCCCGUUUAUACAGUCUUCAUGAUACAUGCAUUUUGGAAUGAUCCACAAGAUUGCGACCGCCAACGCCACUUUGAUCGAGAGUCCGUAUAUACGAAUGUUAGGUUCCAAAAGGCGGACUACCGCGAAAGUUCGGCAAUUAGACUUGCACUACGGCCAGGUCAAUACCAUCCUUUGAGCAUUCAAGACCAGAAGAAGAUUCAAAGUCAAGUCGUUUCUUGUCACUGGUUUAAUAUUCAUCGCUUUCUACGACUACUUCCGACCCUGCUAGCCCUGACACUGGAUGCACUGAUACUGCACGAGAAUUGCCGAUUUCCUUCGAUUGAAACCCAAGAGAGACAAUGUAGUGCGGCACGUACAAUUGAUUCAUUCCGGCAAAAUCACCUUUUGACGAAUGAUGGUUACCCAAAGCAACUCCGGGUGAUUGAUUACCUCACUAUACAAGCCACAUAUUACUACCUAGAGCAUGGUAGACCUCACAUUGUUCGAACAGCCCGCAUACUCGUUCUUCCAGAGAAGGUCUUACGUGGUCCGUGGGAUACCGAUCGACUGGAUUUACUGGUAACUCUACGACGUGCCUUUGGAAAACGAUUCACAACCCUUGAUUUCAGUGCAGGGGCCGUGAAACAACGGUUCCUUGCCCCUGAAUUCUCCGAAGCCGCUUGCCUGUUGGGAAUAGAAAUGGCCAUACGACAGAACUCUCGACGUGCCCUCGUGUACCUUGUGGAAAUAUGGGAUUCUUUUCUUCCGAUCCAUGGAGGCAACGUCAUACGCCGAAAGUCGCUUCCCGAUGAACUGUUAACGAUGGCGAUGCAGAAUUACACCACAGAUUUCGAUAUUCUAUACUUACUCAUCCAGGCCAAGUUGCCUUCUGUUCGCAAGAGCCGUGAAGUGAUGAAAUGGGCCCAGUUGGCAAGCCUCCACGGAAGCAUUGCGAGGGGAUGGCUAGUCAGCUAUAUGCAAGGGCAGCACUUAUCAAACAACGGCCUUCAUUUCUGGAAAACCUACCGUUCAAUCCGAUUUUCAAAACAGCCACUGUUGGAAAGGGAGUCUUGGUUCUGA